CAAUACGCAUGAUCGGUCGCUAAACGUGGAAGUGGGGAGAUGAAAAGGAGGGGUGCGUCUUCGCACCUUUGAUACCAGUGCCACCUCAACUCCUCGCACAUACCAUGAACGCACUCCCCAUCUGCGAACCAUGCAAUCUCAUAUUCCCCCAUCGCGCCGCACUGUGGGAACAUCGCAUAGCAGCUCAACACUUACGAUGCAACCUCUGCAACACGUACGUCGUCGAUCCUUCGCAGUUAUCGCUACACCUACAGCUUUUCCACACCGACCUGCGGCACAGAUACUGCUUCGAGUGCGCGUGGGUGUUCGCUGAUGCCGAGGCGCUCAACUGCCACCUCCAGUGGAGUCCGCGACAUCGGUCUCAGCGGCUGCAGUACGCGCUCGCACCAGCGGUAGUAAGCGUUCAGCAGACGAUGCAGGGAUAUCGGAAGGAGAAGCAACAUCACUGCACCGAGUGCGAGCGGUAUUUCGUGAAUGCGGCGGGACUGAAGUCGCACCUUGCGAGCAGUUUACGGCAUCGGCGACCGGGCUCCCAGAGCACCGCCGCAAAAACCGGACGCCUAAUGGUGACUAAUAUACCUUGUGCCGUCCCUGAUCGCGAACGUGAGAUUCCGCAAUCGCAGGCAAAAGUCACGAGGACACAGAGAGUCCAGCUACCCCACUGCGCACAGCAGAAUGCCGUGCCGGCUACUGCUGCAGUGAAAUCCGCACAAACGCCGACCUCGGUGAGCCGACACCAGCGCCCCGGUCCGGCGUUAGCAUAUCGUACUCGUACCACCCGAAAACCCCGCCCUUCAGCGAAUCUGUUGCCGCAGCCUGCUCGGAAUACUAUUAAGCCAUCACGACCGACAGCACAGCAGCCGACACCGGAGCCCAUUAUCCCCUACCGCAAUACAUGGCUGUGGUCUAUCUGAUAAACUGUACCUUGUACCUCCCCGGAGGUCAUCUGAUGGUCCAUGUCGCUUCUCCGCCACGGCAACCGCAGAGAGGCUGGAGGGGAGGCGUCAGGUGUACUGUAGUUCUGCUGCGGUCUGGAUUUUGCGGAUUGUAGCCAGGUUGUUCUAGGCUCGCAGAUCAUAUGGUGGUUAUGUAGGCUCGAGGAGGAGGAGGAGGAGGAGGAGGAGGAGGAGGA